AUGUCUGGCGCAAGGCAUUGGGAACAAGAUAAGGAGGCCACCGUGUAUAUUGGUAACCUCGAUGAGCGGGUUACAGAUAAGCUGGUAUGGGAGUUGAUGCUCCAGGCUGGCCGGAUUGUUAACGUACACCUCCCGAAAGACCGCGUCACCCAAACACACCAGGGCUACGGCUUCGUCGAGUUUAACAGUGAAGAAGAUGCAGAAUAUGCAUCCAGGAUUAUGAACCAAGUCCGUCUGUACGGGAAACCCAUUCGAGUCAAUAAGGCGUCGGCCGAUAAGCAGAAAGCUGUCGAAGUUGGCGCAGAGCUAUUCGUUGGCAAUCUGGAUCCCAUGGUCACAGAGCAGGUGCUCUAUGAUACCUUUAGCCGAUUUGGAUCUUUGAUAUCUCUCCCUAAGGUUGCUCGAGAUGAUUCAAACUUGUCCAAGGGUUAUGGAUUCAUAUCGUUCUCAAACUUUGAAGCUUCGGAUGAUGCUAUUGCCAAUAUGAACGGACAGUACCUUAUGAACAAAGAGAUAUCUGUGCAAUAUGCCUACAAGAAAGACGGCAAGGGAGAGAGACACGGUGAUCAAGCGGAGAGAAUGCUCGCCGCCCAGGCCCGGAAACACAAUGUCCAACCACAGCCACAACAACCAAUACCGCCUCAAUUCGCCGGCGGUGCGCCCACUGCUCCCGGCGGUGCUAUGAAUGCCGGUGUACAGAACGUACCUUCUGCCGUGCCGGUGGCAGCGGGGAUGGAUGCCGAGCAACAACGACCGCCGAUCAAUGUUGGACCAGCACCACCGGACUUCGGCGCAGGCAGAGGCAUGCCCCCCGUUAUGAACGGCGGAUAUCCGAAUAUGAACAUGGCCGGCCCACUCCCACACCAUCGCGCGCCGCAUGCACCUCACACACCUCACCCACCAACUCAUCCUCCUCAGCCGCUUGUUACUCCUCCUGCCGGACUUCCUGCCCGUCCCCCGCCAUCGCAAGCUGGGUAUGGCGGACCUCACCCAGGCUUUCCCCCCCAGGCACCUCGAUUUGGCCAGCCUCCGCCUGCAGGUUUUGCUCCACCACCAGCAGGAGGUCCUCCCGGUCCUGGUGGUCCGCCAGGACAGCUCCCGCCUGGGUUCCAGCAACAAGGUUAUGGUCGUGGCCGUUGA